AUAAUUCAACAGCUCAACUUUCGGGCCCGCCUCUUUCCUGGGGGUGGGAGUUUGCUCCAAACUUUGUUUAUGGGACAGUCCGGGAGCUGCUGCGGCCGCGCUGUCUGCUUCUCCUGCGCCUCCUUUUCGCCCAGCACUAGCGCCUUAGGCCAGCUCGGGGGAUGUGAGAGCCGAAGCCCUUAGACUGCCAGGCACCGAGUCGGGUCGGGAUUUGUCAGCCAAGCCUCGGCUCCAGCUCCGCAAUCUCGGGACUCACCCGAGCGACCCAGGCCCGACGGCAAGUUCGGGCGGGACGGCGGCCGCCGCGCGCUCAGGCUCAGCUUCGCUGCCCGCCCAGAAGAUGAAUCCGGCCUCGGCGCCCCCUCCGCUCCCGCCGCCUGGGCAGCAAGUGAUCCACGUCACGCAGGACCUAGACACAGACCUCGAAGCCCUCUUCAACUCUGUCAUGAAUCCGAAGCCUAGCUCGUGGCGGAAGAAGAUCCUGCCGGAGUCUUUCUUUAAGGAGCCUGAUUCGGGCUCGCACUCGCGCCAGUCCAGCACCGACUCAUCGGGCGGCCACCCGGGGCCUCGACUGGCUGGGGGUGCCCAGCAUGUCCGCUCGCACUCGUCGCCCGCGUCCCUGCAGCUGGGCACCGGCGCGGGUGCUGCGGGUAGCCCCGCGCAGCAGCACGCGCACCUCCGCCAGCAGUCCUACGACGUGACCGACGAGCUGCCACUGCCCCCGGGCUGGGAGAUGACCUUCACGGCCACUGGCCAGCGGUACUUCCUCAAUCACAUAGAAAAAAUCACCACAUGGCAAGACCCUAGGAAGGCGAUGAAUCAGCCUCUGAAUCAUAUGAACCUCCACCCUGCCGUCAGUUCCACACCAGUGCCUCAGAGGUCCAUGGCAGUAUCCCAGCCAAAUCUCGUGAUGAAUCACCAACACCAGCAGCAGAUGGCCCCCAGUACCCUGAGCCAGCAGAACCACCCCACUCAGAACCCACCCGCAGGGCUCAUGAGUAUGCCCAAUGCGCUGACCACUCAGCAGCAGCAGCAGCAGAAACUGCGGCUUCAGAGAAUCCAGAUGGAGAGAGAAAGGAUUCGAAUGCGCCAAGAGGAGCUCAUGAGGCAGGAAGCUGCCCUCUGUCGACAGCUCCCCAUGGAAGCUGAGACUCUUGCCCCAGUUCAGGCUGCUGUCAACCCACCCACGAUGACCCCAGACAUGAGAUCCAUCACUAAUAAUAGCUCAGAUCCUUUCCUCAAUGGAGGGCCAUAUCAUUCGAGGGAGCAGAGCACUGACAGUGGCCUGGGGUUAGGGUGCUACAGUGUCCCCACAACUCCGGAGGACUUCCUCAGCAAUGUGGAUGAGAUGGAUACAGGAGAAAACGCAGGACAAACACCCAUGAACAUCAACCCCCAACAGACCCGUUUCCCUGAUUUCCUUGACUGUCUUCCAGGAACAAACGUUGACUUAGGAACUUUGGAAUCUGAAGACCUGAUCCCCCUCUUCAAUGAUGUAGAGUCUGCUCUGAACAAAAGUGAGCCCUUUCUAACCUGGCUGUAAUCACUACCAUUGUAACUUGGAUGUAGCCAUGACCUUACAUUUCCUGGGCCUCUUGGAAAAAGUGAUGGAGCAGAGCAAGUCUGCAGGUGCACCACUUCCCGCCUCCAUGACUCGUGCUCCCUCCUUUUUAUGUUGCCAGUUUAAUCAUUGCCUGGUUUUGAUUGAGAGUAACUUAAGUUAAACAUAAAUAAAUAUUCUAUUUUCAUUUUCUGCAAGCCUGCAUUCUUGUGACAGAUUAUACAGAAUUGUGUCUGCAGGAUUGAUUAUGCAGAAUACUUUUCUCUUUCUUCUCUGCUGCCCCAUGGCUAAGCUUUAUGGGUGUUAAUUGAAAUUUAUACACCAAUUGAUUUUAAACCAUAAAAAGCUGACCACAGGCAGUUACUUCUGAGGGCAUCUUGGUCCAGGAAAUGUGCACAAAAUUCGACCUGAUUUACAGUUUCAAAAACUGUAUUGAUGACAGUAGUACCAAAUGCUUUAAAAACUAUUUAACUUGAGCUUUAAAAAUCAUUGUAUGGAUAGUAAAAUUCUACUGUAUGGAAUACAAUGUAAUUUUGAAUCCAUGCUGGCUCUGAUGGCUCUUAUUAGUCUGUAUUUCUAAAGGCACACAGUCCUAUUGUAGCUUAUCUUUCGUUAUUUUACUGCAGAGCAUCUAGACAACUUAGUCCCUCCAGCGGGAAAGUAGCAGCAGCAGCAUUAGUCACAGUUCUUACACUACAGAUCUUGUGAAAGAGACCAGUUUGGUACUAAUUAUGAGCAUUUUAUUCAAACAAAAUUUUUGAAAUAUUACAACUUGGGAUUUAAAAAAUUGCAGCUUAGAAUCUGAUGGUUUUUUUUUUUUUUUUUCUUGUUGUUGUUUGUUUGUUUUUGAGAUCGAGUUUUGCUCUUGUUGUCCAGGCUGGAAUGCAAUGGCACAAUCUCGGCUCACUGCAACCUCCGCCUUCUGGGUUCAAGAGAUUCUCCUGCCUUAGCCUCCCGAGUAGCUGGGAUUACAGGCGCCUGCCACCACAUCCGGCUAAUUUUUUGUAUUUUGAGUAGAGACGGGGUUUCACCAUAAUGGUCAGGCUGUUCUCAAACUCCUGAUCUCAGGUGAUCCACCCAUCUCGGCCUCCCAAAGUGCUGGGAUUACUGGCGUGAGCCACCGCACCCGGCCUUGAUGUUUAUUUUAUAAAGCACUGUAAUUUUGUAGCUGAUGACAAAAGGCAGCCAAAUGUUUUUGAUAAAUCAGUGGCAACUGUAUUUUUGUCUUUUGAAAUAACUCUGAAAACAUCAGGACAACAUAGAUUUCAACCUGAUAGCACACCACACACAGUGAGCUGUUGCGAUUUAAAUUCUGAAGCUUUGUCAGGUUUGCUUCCUAGAUUUCAAGUGUUUAAAAUAAUUCUAUCUAUGAAACUGAAGGAUGAAGCAGAUCUCUGACUGACGUGUAAAAAAACAUGCCCUUUGAGGGUGUAUGGUGGAGAUAAAUGUUUCUGAAUUCAGUAAAAUUGAUUCCUAAGUAUAUUAUCCUAACCCUGUUUGCUACAGUUGGUAUAAAAAGGCAUGAAAUAUGUAUUCAAUACCUCCUAUGUAACCAAAACCAUUUUUAAUUAGCUUUUAAGGACUGAGAGAGCAUCAUGUUCAACUGGCAUGCAGUCUGCCUGCAUUGCCAAUGAAGUCCUCAACUGUUUAAUAUUUUGAACUAAUAUUAUUUAUAAUCUAUGAAUUUAAUCUUUUUUGAAAGACUUUAAUAAUUUGAGUCUCUGAGAGGAUACUUUCAAUUUCCAUGGGGGACUUAUUUGUUGGGGAUCUUAAAUAAGAUUCCUUUUGAUCUACCGGAAUAUACAUGUACAGAGUACAUUGGAUCAUGUUGGAAAGAAGGCAAGUGAAAAGGUCAGAGAUGAAGUAGCGAAGUUAUGGAAUAUCGUGGAAAGGAUACUAGUUGUGAAAUGGAAAGAGACAAGUUAUAGUACCCCAAAAGCAAAACAAGCAGGAGAUGCAAGAGAUGCCCCAAAAGGACAAAGCAACAAUUUUCUGUUGCCACCUUUAUACCGGAAGACUCUGUUGUAGAAGAAAAGAAGGCUUUGGUGCACCUUAUGUGGGAGGAGGAGGGGCAGGGCAUGCUGAUGCUGAGCGUGCAGGCAGACAAGAGCGUAGCCUGCUGUUGCCUCCAUCACUAUGAAAUGACUUCUUUUACCUGAAGGACCCAUGGUUUAUGUUCCUCUAAUUCCUUUCACUCUCCCUAAGCCCUCUGAGAGAGAUGAAGAUAGAUGAUUUUAUUGCUACUAAAUUGAAGGGAGCACUAUUUCUUUUUGUCUUUUGUUAGCAAAAAAUUGCAAAAAGAAUUGUACAUUCUUGCUAAAAAAAAAUAAAUAAAUAAAAAAUUAAAAAAACAAGGGACCUAACAAAACUCAGCAGUGUUACUGUAUUUUUAAAAAAUAUUUUUAUAGACUCAUUUUCAGGUUAUUAAAUGUAAGAGAAACAGAUACCCCUCUUUUUUAAAGUAGGUAAAUCAUUGAUGAUUUAUAUUACCAAUUUUUAGAAGUAAUUUUCUAGUAAGCUUGUGGCAUUAGAAAAUACUAGAAGAUUUUUUUAGUUAAAUUAGUUAGAACAUUUAUGAAUGAAUAUAAUAAAUAUUUUUUCAGAAUAAAAUAUGGACCCUUUGUGUUUACUAAUAGAUAAAGCCAGAUAUAAUUUUUUGUUUUUAAGGCCACAAAAUAUGGCCUUUGUUAAAGAACACUAAAGUUAGAAAUCUAAAGUUAGAGCAACUUUUUAAUGGCUAUUUCCUAUUAUUGUAAGUGUUAAAACCCCUGCAGAAUUCUUGAUAAGGUGCUAUUUAUACUAUAUUUCUUAUUAUAAGACAACUGUCUUUAGUCUUCUUAGUACUAGUCUUUUUAGUACUAAAUCAAUCAGUAAACAUCAUCAUUUCACCCCAAAAUUUUGUCACAGAAAAGGCAUAUCAAAUGAAAAAUAAUUUCAGAGAUCUUUCUUUCAAGAUAUUUUUUCCUGAUAAAAUACAUUGUCUUGAAGUAAAUACAUUGUCAAAACCUAAUUGCAAUUCUGUUAAAUCUAAGUAAUUUUUAGACAGUGUUUCACCAUAUUAUUUAGGAUGUGAAAUGCCAUUUCUUUCACUGAUUACACCAUAUACAGGAAACAGGUAAAACAGUGAAAACCUUAUUGUGCUGGUUGAUGCCAACUUGGUUGAAAAGCUCUCUGCAGAAGAAGUGAUCUAGAGUGACAGAAGUGUUGCUAAUUACAAGUUGUGUUCUCAUGACGUAAUUACAAAGUAACUUCUCAAAGUACAACUUUUAUGAAAAAAAUAAGCUGUUAAAAAAAGGAAAUCGUAGGUUAAUUUAAUUGGGAAAAUGGGCAAUUGACAGAGACCGUUUUCCUAACACAUAUAUGUGCUAGUACUUUAACUUUUUAAAAUUUUACUUCUACGUUUUGUAAUAUAAAAAUUUCUAUUUUAAGUUUAGAAUGUUAUGCGUACCGAAAGUAUGCAGCCAAAUCGAUCAGAUCAAACCAUUUUACCUGGAGUUUGGUACUGGUUUUUACUUCUCUGAAUCUGUAUAAGAAAAAUAAAGACAAUUGAACUGCCA